CGGAUUUCAUCUGUGCAUUUACACCAUGGGAAAGAUAAAUUUCGUCAACAAAAAUCUGUCAUUGAUUAAAUUCACCAAGCCAUCACCUCUGCUCGUUAAAUUAUGUGUGUAUGAGUCAUCUGAUCAAGACAAGUUGAUUCUGGAUUAAAAGAUACAAACAGAGUGCAAGAAAGAUGGGAGAUCGACGGGCCAAUCGGCGCAUGUCAAUGGCGAGUUUGGGUAAAGUGGAUACUAACGUAAAGCGUCAAAAUCGGCGUGGAUCUGUAGCCUCAACAUCAUCAGACGAACUAAAUAAAUUGGUUUCCCUACAACGCAAGAGUACUAAGGAUGAUGAAGCAAGGGCAAUGGAGAAGGAACAAUCGCUGGCCUGGAAGAUUCUCACUAACUCACAAGUCCACACAUUAAUGGGAUUAGAAGUAGAGGAGGUUGAGAAGUCUUUGUCAGAGAUGUUGACUGUGCCUAGCUAUACGACAGACUUGAAAGAAGCAACCUUAUUAGAUUAUUACACCUCUGCUUUCUGGUGGGCAAAAGAAGAAGGUUUUGAUGCGCAGCAGAUUUCUGGCUUCUUCACUGUGGUAUCUACACUCAUGGCAAAUGUCAAAGACAACAUGACAGCUGCAGAGAACCUGGCUGAGUUACGUAAGAUGAUGGUGGGUGUAGGCACCAAUGUCGAUGAGGCAAAUGGAGGUUUAGAUUUUCUGACUUUAAAGCAAGCCAAACUCAUCAGUAGCUUCCUAGAAACAACAUUAUUCCAGCAUUACAGUCUCUAUCACUUUCUUCAUCAUGGUGAAAGAGAAGAACAAAUUGUCUGCACUGAUCUGUGUGUUGAGACAUUGCCUCCAGCCGCAAUGCCAUACCCUGCUCCACUAGAUGAAGGUGUAGACGAAGCUGCUUAUCUCAAACACAUUGCCCCACCCCCUCAAGAAAUGAAAGAGGAAGAAGUAGGAGAUGAAAAGAUUGACGAGAAGGUUGUUGAGAUAGCAGGAGAUCCCCAGAAUGACAAAGAAGUUGAAGGAGAUGAAACCAAAGAUGUCUUAGCUGGGGUCACAGUAGAAGAAGUGCAGACUGUCUUUGAUAAGGUGGCAAAGGAAAUGUUUGCAGGACUACAGGAUGAGAUUGCACUGAAACUGAAAGAGAGAGAAGCUGAUAUUAUCACUAGGAUAAACAGAAUACAUCGAAUAGCUGAAACAUAGUACACUGGUAUUGGAUGAACAUAACAUAACAACUAAUCCAUUUGCUUCAUCAUAUGUUUUUCAAAAUCUGUUUCAAGCGUAAUUGUUCUGACUAGAGUAUUUAACUUGAUAUAUAUCCUAUGGUCUGUUAAGAAAAAAAAAAAUCCUUCUUGUAUGACAACAUCCCACCCCUUGCCUAGAUUCUUCCCCAUUUCCAUAUGCACAAAUGAUUGACAUAUAUUUGUGUUUAUGGAUUGUUAUUGAUUGGUAAUCUUUUGAAGGUUAACUAUCUUUGAGGGAUGUGGUGGGUAGGAGAGGUACAGGAUGUUUCAGCUUGUACAGAAAAGACGGCAAUAAUCUCCAAAAUCUUGCUAAAGCUAUGGUCACAAAUCAGAGGAGCGACCAACCGAUCAGUAGCCUGCUCGGUCGCUGCUGGAAUUUAGGCAUUGCCCUGCGACUUUUGGAGAAGUCGAGCAGGCUGUAGAGCCCCAGCGAUGCCUGGGCGGUGACCUGUCGAUUGCCCGUCGGUCGCCGGUCGAUUUUAGGUAAAAACUGGGCGAAAUCGCAGAGCUUUUUCGCGCGGUGUCCCGGCAGUGACCGACCGGUGACCCUCCUAUUGCUGGGCGGUCUCCCACCAGCCACCGGCUGAUUUUAAAGAAAUUGCCUGGCGGCCGGCCAGUGAUCGGCGGGUCUCCAAAAUAUGUCCGGUGCCUGGCUGUUCGCCGCCCGGGCACCGAACUAAUCGAGCAUUCGCCGCCGAGCGAUUUAGGUCAAAGGCUCGAUUAGGUCGGCGCCCGGGCGGUUGCCGAGCGUAGUCUGGGCAGCAAGUGAAAGUGAGCAGGCGCCGCCCGAAUUUUAACUCCAAGCUAAAACUUAAGCAGCGACCGAGCGAUGCCUUAAAAAUGAGCGGUGCCUGGGCGGCCGCCGCUCGGUGGCCGGGCAAAAUUGGCUAAAAACUCGCCGCUCGGCCGCCGAGCAGGCUACUUUUAGGUAAUGUGACCAUAGCAUAAGGGAUGAAGUUGAUGUAUUUGGUUGAUAAUUUCCUUCAUGUUAACUACACAAUUCUAAUAGAAUUUGUUACUGUUUCAAUCCACCCUUUUGGAAGUGUUUGUAGAUAUUUGGUAAAAAGAGGAUCUAAGAUACUAAAAACAAACCUGCACUGUAGUGUGUCUAUCUGUGGACAUAUUUUAUAAAAGAUGUUUUAGAGGUGUUGUGGUCUCAUGAAUAAGUGAUCAAUCCUAGCCUGGUACUAAUGUCAAUCUACAUUUACCAAUCUCCAUUUAGGUGAGAAUGGGUAUCUAAAAUUCUUGAGCACUAGUUGAACUUGUUCUACUUGUAAAUACACAAUUUUUUGGAAAACAAAGAGCUGUGUCUCUCAGUAGUUUCAUAUUUUUUUGUUACAGCUAGUGUACAUGCAUUUAUGUAUCAAGAUAUGUAAGAGUGAAGUAUUUUAUCAAUGUCACUAAUAAAUAUGACAAUUUAUGGAGGGAAAAUUUGAAUGUUCUAAUUUUAAAUCCUUUGUUUACUUGAAUGGAGAAAAAUAUUGCUAUUAAGAAAUACCUUGAUGAUCGAGUCCACUACAAGAAUUAUAUUUUUUUUUUAAUUAAAGGAUGUGCUAGUGAAGUGGUAAAACAGUAGAAAAGAUUAAGCGCUGUGUAAGACAAAUGAGAUUCAUUAGGUGUCCAGAUUCAUGUUCUGGUUUGUAAAAUCAAAUAUAUGUAACAAGUUACACUUACAAGUUGAGUGAAUCCCCUAAACAGCUAGUCUAUGAAAAUACCUUGCAGCUUCAUCAUAAAUGAUUUGUAUUAUUACUCUAGUCUUAAAGACAUUUUUGUUGUUAUUCUUCAUAUUGUUCUGGGGCACUGUGGUAUACAUGUAGCUGCUUUAAUAACUUUAUGUUCCCUGCCUUGACAUACCAAUAUAUCCCUAAUCAGUGACCUCUGUCUUUUGACCUAGGUAUUAAUGUGUGAGUGACUGGUACCAAAUAAUUAGCCACUUUGGAGGUAGCACUUGAAUAGAUGUCCCACAUUGUGCAUUUAGAAUAAUCACUGCCAAAGUGAUGCAAGGUUCCUCAUGAACUCCUUUUUUUGCCCUCUUGAAAAGAAUACUUCCACCUGUGUAUCAUAAAAUGUACCACUGGUGAUAUAUGUAAUGAUGACUUUCAUGAACCUGUAUCCAGCAGUUGUCUUGAUGGGUUUAGCAGUUUUUUUUAUAAAUAACCUUUAUUUGCCAAUGUGCAUAAAGUCUUUCUGAAGUUGCUUAUACCAUGUUAUAUUUGGUUAAUUCACUUUCAUCUUUCCUACCUAGUGUGUAUACCUUAAAGCAGGUUCAAAGCUUCUAUACUAGAAGAUAACAUGAUGACAAAAAAACCUUUUGUAUAUAUUUGUACAAAACUUUUUUUAAAUUGUAUCAUUUAAAGCUAGUGUAUAUACUGUACAUAUAUUCUGUGGAAAUUCUGUAGAUAUUUUUGAAGAUUUUACAUAAUGGGUCUAUAUUUAUUGAGAUGUACAGGGACAAUUGCAGUUAUUAAAUUCUUUGAUAGUAAUUGAAA